AUGUUCAGAAAUAUAAAACUUGUCCUUAAAUUGUUCGUUCUAUCUACUAAUUUAGUUCAUAUACAAACAACAGACGCGCCGUCGCUCUCGCAGAGGUCUUUGCUCCUACAACCAUUUCGAACAGUGUUGGGUUGUUUUUCGCAGUCCAAUUUGGGCCAGCGAGAUUCAGCUUCUUCUAGUUCUUCCGCUGAUUCCAACCGUGUCCAUAGCUAUAAAUAUGAUGUGUUUAUCAGUUUCAGAGGCGCUGACACCCGCAACACUUUUGUUGAUCAUCUUUAUGCUUAUCUAACAAGAAAGGGUAUUUUCGCCUUCAUGGAUGAUAAAAGGCUUGAGAAAGGAGAAUCCCUUUCGCCGCAACUUCUUCAAGCAAUUCAAAAUUCUAUGGUUUCUAUUGUUGUCUUCUCUGAAAGAUAUGCAGAGUCUACGUGGUGUUUGGAAGAGAUGGCUACUAUUGCUGAAUGUCCUAAAGAAUUUAAUCAAAAAGUAUUUCCUGUUUUUUAUGAUGUCGAUCCAUCUCAUGUACGAAAACAGAUUGGGGUGUACCAGAAUGACUUUGUUUUACAUAAGAAGAAAUUCAAGCACGAUCCAAACAAGGUUGUGAGAUGGACGAAUGCUAUGAAGGUUAUAGCUAACUUAGUCGGUUGGGAUGUCAGGAACAAGAGUUUUUGCUAUAGAUUCUACUAGCAACAGCUCUCUAUGAAUCUGUAAAUACGACACGUUUCUCAGUUUCCAAGGCCCUGACACUCACAGAACUCUGACCGAUCAUCUUUAUCACCAUCUCAUCAAAAGUGGUAUUCCUGUAUUCAAGGACAAUCAAACUCUCCAUAAAGGAGAAUCAAUUUCACCACAACUUUUACAAGCAAUUUGAGAUUCAAGGGAUUUUGUAGUUGUCUUCUUAUGAGAAAUAUUGUAAGGUAACGUUGUGUUUGAAUGAAAUGUGGCUGCUGUAAUGUCGCACAAACUUGAAGAAGACCGUUAUCCCUGUUUUCUACUGUGUUGAUCUGUCUCUUGUUCGAAAGUAUAUUGGGGUUUUCAAAGAUGAUUAUAAAUUCAAAUAUGACGUAAGCAACAAGGUUGAUCAAUGGCAGAGAGCUCUGCUUGAAUUGGGCAAAUUAGUUGGAUUUUA